AUGUCGCUAUCUAGCACUCUCAAAUACAGCGAGCGACAAGCCGCUGGCCAAUUAUUACAGCAGAGGAUCGAAUCCCCAGCAUCUGACCCGUCCCCGCAAAAAUGUCCAAUUCUGCCUUCUAGUCUGACAUUCAAAGACCUCAGGAAAGCGAAGCAACUAGAAAUAGAUAUGGACCUGAGUCCUUAUAUUCCGAUCCAGAUUGAAGCCGAUUUUGCGGGACUCGAAAUAAUGGGACCAACAGGUGGGGCAUGGGAAAAGGUCGCUAUAGAUGAAACUGACGCUUCACCAGACCCUAGAUACAGUGAUAUCCAUACAUGGGAAGGACAAGUUGCACCUGGGGUCCUAAUCAUUGAGGAAAUAAAAAGGACAAAAGGUUUCCGCAUGUCAGAAGUCUCCCAGGCCAUUUACGAGGAGUUCUUCCCAAUCAAUACUCUGCAGUACGUCUAUUUGAUCGACGUUUGCAAUACGGAUACCCGUUCGUUUGUGCAGGACGAGAUCUACACUGGAUCUAAUGGCCUCGCUUGGCCAGAUGACGCGAUACGUGAUUGGAUGCCUGGAACCCCAGAAUUUGAGGCGCUGCUAGGGACAGCCCUUGGGCAUAAUAUGGCAUUUUUGAUUUUGGGGGCCUUCAAACGUGGGACACGCCGGAUUUCACGAAUCAGGACCUUUAGUUCGUUCGAGGUAUUGCAGAUGCAGUUUGCCAUUGAGGAUAUUGAGCAGACGGAGCAGACGGAGCAGACUGAGGAGACUGAGGAGACUGAGGCCCCGAUUCAAACCCCUGCGGCUCCCAGUAUCGCGUCCACUAGUACCGCUUACACAGGUCCUGAGACAAGGGCGGCAGUACGCCGCCGACUAAACCUUGAAGCGCAAAAGCGCAAGAAGGACGAUGAUGAAGAUGAAGAUGAAGAUACUGGGCCGAAAAAAAUCCAGAAAAAAUAG